UUGCCUGGUUACCUCCAGAGCACAAUUUCCGUUCAACCUGCGGUGAAUUGUGGUAUGCAGCAUCCGUCAACGAUAAGGACCGACUUGGUCGACUGUUCUGCCCUUUCAUUGGAGCUUGCGGCAACCGAUUCUCCAUUUUUCCGGGCCAAGGUCGCUCUGUUUCAGAAUGAGUUGGAGGCGUUUGGAAAAUGGUUGGACUCUGUCUGCAGAGUCCUGCGCCAGUAUACGGACGAAAUGAUCAGGACUAAUGAAGUGCAGUCAACCGUGAUAGCAACAUUGAUGCCUCACUCCGGCCUGCACCUCUUUGAGCGGACUAUAACGCGAAUAAUUGGGGACGCUCUACAGUCUGUGUAUCAAGUGAAGGCCAAACUUGUUGACGACAUUAUAGAGCAGCUUAUAGAACCAUUUCUUGCGUUUCUAAAGGAGGACGUUCGAGACAUGAAGGAUGUGACAAGAAAUUUUGACCGGGUAUUAGAGAGAUACGAGACUGCCGUGACGCGAUAUGGUAAUCUGUCUAAAACGAAAGAAAGCAGUGCGUUACGUGAGGAUGCUUUUGUACUGUAUGAAUUCCGCAAGCAAUACAUACGCGCAUCUCUGGAACUUGCCCACCGGGUGAUCAUUUUUCGGAUUCGUGUACAUGGCAUGAUCAUGGAGAGGCUGAUGAAUUAUAUCAGCUCCCAUUCUGAAUUUUACGAUACCGCGGCACAAGUAUUUAAAGGCCUGAUGCCUCAACUGACCGGCUUAAAAGCCAAACUUGACGAGUCCAUCAAAGUGCGAAAUCAGAGUGCCACCAAAUUGGAGACGACGCGGAAGAUUCUGGAAGAUGAAGCCAUAACUAAGGCCAAACCCCUCACGAUCCCGAGUACCACAACCAGUCUGAGUCUCGAUGUACAAUCGGGGGAGAGGGGUGGCACACGUCACAUACCCUCUCCACUGAUCCCAUCAGCUUCUACUCCAACGGAGAAAGAAGGGUACCUAUUUAAGCGAGUAUUUUCCAGCAAGCCUUUGACAGUCCAAACAUGGGCAAGGCGAUGGUUUCGUGUCAAAAAUGGGGGGUUUUCUUACUGUAUGGUAUCCCCAAAGCAACGAGGAGUGGUGCUCAGCACCCCUGCCUUGAACGUGCUCUUGUGUAGUGUGCGCGUGGUCCGAAACGAAGAUCGCCGGUUCUCUUUCGAAGUAUCUACGGUGCACAAGAGGAAUUUCAUAUUGCAAGCCGAAACAGAGGACGAUAUGAAUGAGUGGAUAGCAACGAUCGAAGCCGCCAAAUACCAAGCUGCUGGUGAAGGACCAGCGUCCACGCCAUUCAUCGGUGAUAUGGCUACGGAUAUUGCUGGCAGUGAUGAUGAGGAAGACGCAAUUCCCUUGCACGAGAUUAAAAUGUCAGAAGGGGAUAUUAAACCAUCGACCGCUGAGAAUGAGGGAGAAGAAGAUGACGAUGAUGAAGAUGAGAGUGAUGGUGACAAAGAGCAAGGCAAGCCCGACAGCCCUGCUGAUCAGAGCAGUGGGGAUGACAUUGGCAUCAGAUAUUCCGACCGGACAUUAGGCAAGGAGAACACGAAACUGCAUCGACUUCUUAAGUCUGUUCCCAAAAAUGAUUAUGUUCUUGACGCCUUCUCGUGUGCCAUGCAGAAGGACAUAGCUGUACAUGGAAGACUUUAUAUUACCUAUGAUCGCAUAUGUUUCUACUCCAAUAUUCUUGGCUUCAUUAGAAUGCUGGUGACGGAAAUGAAGGAUGUCCUGGCAGUCGUACAAAAAAAAGGCCCUCUGUCCACCACAAUCCUUGUAACUACAAGUGAAGCCACCCAUUCUUUCUUACUGUUUUACAGUAAGGAUGAAGCUCACUUCACCACUUUAAAAGCCGCUUGGCUAAAUGCCACGAACACUGAACAACGACUAUCCCCACAAGAACUUUAUGAUUCGGUCAGUAAGCGGAAGCAUGCCACUGCUGGGGUAGAAAUCGAGUCAGAAGAAAGCGACGGUCGAGUGUUAGAGGCUGCUCCAGUUGCAGACCCUACAACCGGACAACCUGCCACCGCUUCAGAAUACGACCCACCCUCCGAUCUGGCUCUCCCAGCCGCGGAAGUACCGUGCGGAUGUGGGGCUGAUCAUCAAGAAAAGAAGGAGGCUGAUGUGGUAUUCAAUGUACCAGCCAAGAAACUGUUUGACGUUCUCUUUGGUAAUGAGACAACAUUCUGGAGUCAAAGAUUUCAUCCCAAACGCGGCGAAUCAGGACGACAAAAUGGUAUUUGGUCUGAUGGGCCGGAACCGCAGCGCGAAGUUAAAUAUAUGAUGCCUGUCAAUAAUCCGAUGGUCAAAGUAAAGGAAGCUGAGGUAAUCGCAACGGAGAGACUCGUCAAGCGGAAUGAUUACUUCAUUUAUGUUGUUGAAGCCCAAAGCUCGACGCCUGCCCUUCCGUAUGCAGAUGCUUUUGCACCUGUCACCCGCUACUGCAUAACAUGGGUGACGAAGCAUUCGUGCCGCUUGGUGAUGACCUGUGGAGUGAAGUUCUUCAAGAGUCCUAUGGUUAAAGGCAUGAUACGCUCCGCCGGAAUGAAGGGUUUAGCAGAGGGUGCCGCAGAUACUGUAGCACUCCUGAAGCAGGAAAUUGAUGAGUACAACCGGAAAGUACUGGGUAAAACGCCAUCUUCAGCGGAAAGCGCCGGCGCCGAAGCCAUCGCCAUCAGUUCACCGACACCUGGUGACACGACUGUCAACGUAACCAGGCGAGGUGCCACUGAAGAGCUUCCGUUUGGACUAGGAUCUCCAAUAGCGGUGUACACCCUCGUGGUAUUAUUGCUUAUUUCAUGCGUCUGUCAUCUCGUAGGCUGGUGGCAAGGCCCCAGUAAAGGGAGUGUGAUGAAUAUUAGCCCGCGGACAGUGGACUGGGUGAAGGAUUUCAACCUUGGAGACAAUGACGACUUCACGCAAAGCUUCAAGACAUUCAUGACGUCUCAUUAUCACCUUUCAGAAGGAAAUUCCACAAUCUCGCUACGAGCACCCUCAUCUCGAAGACGGUUGUACUACCAUCCAUCCCAUUUUACAUUGCAAUCGCAACUCGCUCAAGUUCAUUCAGCCGUUCAUGAAGUCUUGACCGAUAUACGUGGGAUGAUGGAGGAAGUGCAUGAGGUGGAACGGCAGGUGAUAUGGAGCAUGUUCAUGAAUUGGAUUGGUGACAAGACUGCUCUUUGUCAGAACGAAGGGGGGUCCCAUUGUAACGGAGUGGCCACAUUAGUAAAGGAAGUGGAAAUAGGCCAAAGAGGAGGAUGAGCUGCCUAGUGUCCUUAUUUAAUCAAGUUAUUUCAUCAU